GAGAAAUCGGUUUGGGAUAUAUAUUGCCUUUUCUUCUGCUACAAGCACUAAACAGUUCUCUUUCAUCAAAGAACAAAAAAAAGCAGUAAGUUGCACUCUUUCAAAGGGCAAAAACAGAACACUAAUCUUCUUCUUCUUCUUCUUCUUGUCAUCAAUCAAUUCCGUUAGAAUGGCAACAGAGCAAUCAGUGAUGGCAGUAAUACGGGCCGCCAGGCCCACUUUCCGUCAAGCCCACGACAAAGUAGCGUUUGCUGUACACGCUGCUUUUCUUGCGUCUGGGUUUGUUCUUCACGCUACUGGCCCUAAUGCCUUCACUGAUGACGCUCUCUCUUCUUCCUCCACUGAUGAGGUGGGGAUUGAUCAUUGGAAUGAAUUUGAGGAUAGUUAUGCGUUCGUGUAUUCAAACCCUGAGAAGAGCUCCAAAAAAGUGUUGGUAAAGUGCCUUGCAAUGAACAAUAAACUGCUUAUAGAUGCAUUCAGGGAUGGCGAUAACGAGCCUCUUCAUCUUGAACUAAGUGUUGAAGACUACAUUGUGGAGGAUGGGGGAACUCACUACAACACCCAGUUCAAGAAUCUGGGAAAGCUGGUAGGAGAACUGAACAAAGCAAUCCUGACUAAAUAUAGUGGUUCUUCUACGGCAAAUUCCUCUACUCAAACUUCAAGUUCUGAAAAGGGAGGACUCAGGGACCAGCCUAAUGUUGAACGCCAACCUGACUACCCGUAUCAGCGUGGAGGUUCUUUUCCCUCAGGAUAUGUGGUUCCUCCCAUUCCUGGUGUUGGUGGUGGUGAUCUUUUCCCCGGGCCUGGUGCUGGAGUUUACCCAACCAGAGGCGGACCAGGAGGUGAUGGGAGCAUGUUUGUAGGGCCUAAUGACCCUCGAUUUUUUGGUGGAAUGGGUGGGGAUCCUACUCGUUUACCUGGAGGACUUCCGGGUGUUCCACCUGGUGCCCGUUUUGACCCGUAUGGUCCACCAGAUGUUCCUGGCUUUGAGCCAGGUCGCUUUAUCAGGGAUCCAAGGAGGCCUGGAGGCGGUGGAAGGCCUCAUCCAGAUCUACCGCAUUUUGGCGGCGAUGCUGAUUUCAUAUAGAGUUGUAUGGCUGACUUGUUAUGAAAGACAGGACCUAAGAUACACUUGCCUCGGUUUUUUCUUUUGUCGAAUUCUUCUCUCGUUUUAGUUUUCUCAGUAUUUUACACUGCGGAUUGAGUAUAUUGGGUUAGUCAGCAAUGUAUAUAAGUUUUGCCAACUUUAAAUAGUAUAUGUUACCAUGUUGGCCAA